AUGGUUGAACGUCCCAACAAGCCCAAGCCCCCAACGCUGUCUGCCACGCCGGGCCUGCCGCCGCAACCGACGGUGACCUUCUCGGACGACAACUCGCGCGUGGUUGCCGAGCUUCCCACGGGCGAGAGGGUGGAGGUGCUGCUCUACGGCGCGACAGUCAUCAGCUGGAAGGAUGCGCGGGGGGAUGAAAAGCUGUGGUUGAGCGAGGCCGCCAAGCUAGACGGGACCAAGGCCGUGAGGGGAGGGAUUCCCGUUGUCUUUCCCGUCUUCGGCACGGCCCCGGACCACCCGCAGACCAAGGACCUCCCGCAACACGGCUUUGCGCGCACUUCUCGCUGGGAGUUCCUGGGCAAGUCGACGUCCGAGUCGAUGGAUGGUCGGGCCGCCGGCGAAAACACCGUGAAGCUCGACUUUGGCCUGAGCUCGGCCGCGCAGGGGCUCGACCCCGUAGCCACCAAGCACUGGCCGUUCAAGUUCAACCUCAUCUACAGCAUCACGCUCGGCCAAAAGAGUCUCACGACAAGCAUCGUUGCUACCAACGACGACUCGGCACCGUUUGACUGCCAGGUGCUGAUGCAUACCUACCUGCGGGAUAUCAACUCCGUAGAAGUCCAGGGCCUCGCCAACGCGCCAUAUAUCGACAAAGUCGACAACCUGACCUCCAAGACGCAGUCAGACCCGACCGUAACCAUCACGGGCGAGACCGACAGGGUGUACACCCCGCAGGGUGACCCGACAAGCGACCCCGUGACGGUUGUGGAAGGGGGCAAGCCCCGCUACGCGGUCGUGCGAGACAACCUGAGCAACGUGGUAGUGUGGAACCCGUGGACGGACAAGGCGCAGGGCAUCGCCGACUUUGCGCCCAAGGACGGGUUCCGGAACAUGAUCUGCAUCGAGCCCGGCGCGGUGGGCGGGUGGCAGUCGGUUGAAGCGGGUGAUGCCUUUGAGGGGGCGCAGACUAUCACGCUGCUGGAUUGACGGCGGGCGCGGUGGGCUGGCGAGAGUGAAGGGGGACGACGCUUGAGGGGUACUAGUGUCUUGUGAGGAUGUCCGACACCUGUCUCAGUAAGCAUACGGCAUUUGGGUGCGGUUACUACUGUUAUGUUCUGCAGAUAUUCAACCGCGAGGGUUCUGCGAAAUGCUGGGAGAAACAGGUUCUCAAAGGUUGGUUGUGUCAUGGAUAGAGCGACUUUUUCAAGAGCCCAACAGCUGAAAAAAAGCCAAGUCUGGCAAUGUCUCACAUGUGUACAUACCACUGCGUAUGUAAAUCUAGUUUUCCAUACCAGCUCCUUCCGUACCUAAGAGGAGAUGGAGCAUCCAUGUUCAUAACGCGAU